AUGAUGAGAAAGAAUGAGACCAGAGUUUCUGAAUUUCUUCUCCAGGGGCUCCCUCUUCCACCAGAACAUCAGGGUUUGUUCUUUAUCCUAUUCCUGCUCAUGUACCUGACCACAGUGUUGGGGAACCUGCUCAUAAUCCUGCUCAUCCGGAUCGACAUUCGCCUCCACACGCCCAUGUACUUCUUCCUCAGUGUCUUGGCCUUUGAUGAUGUGAUUUUCUCAUCUGUCACUGCCCCCAAAAUGUUGAUGGAUAUGAAGACGAGUCACAAAUCUAUCCCCUAUGCAGGGUGCAUUUCUCAGGUGUUUUUUUUAAUACUCGUUGGUUGUUUUGAAAACUUCCUUCUUACAGUGAUGGCGUAUGACAGAUAUGUGGCCAUCUGUCAGCCACUCCACUACACCACCAUCAUGAGGCAGGAGCGAUGCAUUGCUCUAUUAGCAACAUCCUGGAUCCUCAGUUUCUUCUACUCAUUGUUGCAGGCCCUCCUUUUGGCCAGACUGGUUUCAAGAGAGAAUGAGUCCAGAGUUUCUGAAUUUCUCCUCCAGGGGCUCCCUGUUCCACCAGAACAACAAGGUUAUUUCUUCAUCCUCUUCCUGCUCAUGUACCUGACCACAGUGUUGGGGAACCUGCUCAUCAUCUUGCUCAUCCGGAUGGACUCUCGUCUCCACACACCUAUGUACUUCUUCCUCAGUGUCUUGGCCUUCAAUGAUGUGUCGUUAUCAUCUGUCACAGUCCCCAAAAUGUUGAUGGACAUGAAGACGAAUCACAAGUCUAUCCCCUAUGCAGGGUGCAUUUCUCAGGUGUUUUUUUUAAUACUCUUUGGUUGUUUUGAAAAUUUCCUUCUUUCAGUGAUGGCGUAUGACAGGUAUGUGGCCAUCUGUCAGCCGCUCCACUACAACACCAUCAUGAGGCAGGAGCGAUGCGUUGCUCUAGUAUCAACAUCCUUGAUUGUUAGUUGCUUCUACUCUUUGUUGCACACCCUCCUUUUAGCUAGAGUUUCUUUCUGUGCUGAUGUUACCAUUCCCCAUUUCUUCUGUGAAAUCAUUCCCGUCCUGGAAGUAAGCUGCUCAGACGUUUCACUCAAUCACCAGGUCAUGUACAUUGUCGGGGGGAUUUAUUUUUAUCUGCCAUUCAUCAUUAUCUUGGGCACUUAUAUCUGCAUAUGGGCCACUGUUCUGAGGAAUCCCUCUGCUAAGAAAUUCUUCAAGGUCCUUUCUACCUGUGGUUCCCAUCUCCUUGUUGUGUCUUUAUUCUAUGGAACCAUUCUUAAAGUUUAUUUUUUAUCCUCCUCGUCUGCCACAAAUAAUAAAGAUAUAAUUGCUUCUGUGAUGUACAUGAUAGUCACCCCCAUGCUGAACCCUUUUAUCUACAGCUUGAGAAACAGAGAUAUAAAACAAGCCCUAAAUUUGCUCGCUAACAGAGUCAAGUUCUGUAGUCAAAAAACUUAA